GCCUGCUGCUAGUCACGUGACCGCUCGUUUUCCUCACCCGGAAGCGGAAGGGAAGCUGGGGGUCGCCAUGGGAAGCAAGAUGGCGGCGGCCAGCAGGGUCGUCCAGGUGGUUAAGCCGCAUGUUCCAGCAAUACGAUUCCCAGACAGGAAGAGUAGUCCAAAACCUAAUGUGCAAGAAGCUUUGAAGUCUUUGAUUUAUCCGUUCACUACUCCAGUCACAGCUCAACAAGCUACGAGUGAAAAUCCUCCAGGAAUUUCUAAUCCUGCACCUGUCCGCCGAGUAGUGACAACCCCAGACACUAAUGACUUAUUGAAAUCACUUCCUCAGAAGUACAGGAGAAAACCUGUGUCCAAUGAAGAAAUGGAGUAUAUACAACGUGGGGGUCCUGAAUGAAAACAUGAAGUGUUCUUCUACCGCUGCAACAAUACGAUUGUUACCAAGUAUUCCUCAAACUGUAAAAUUUCUACAUAAUUGUAAACUAGAAGUUUUAAUAAAGAUAAACAAAUCCCCACAUUGUGGAAGUUUU